GGAGCUGCCGGCGGGGUUACGCAGGAGACCCCCUCGGACAUUCACGCCAUGCAGGCCAGGAUACCCCACAGGUUUCGCGAUCCAGCGACGGCGCCCCUCAGGAAACUCAGCGUCGACCUCAUCAAGACGUACAAACACAUCAACGAGGUUUAUUAUGCGAAAAAGAAGAGGAGAGCACAGCAGAUGCAAGGGGAGGAUGGCUCGCAUAAAAAGGAGAGGAAACUCUACAACGACGGCUGGGACGACGACAACCAUGAUUAUAUCAUCAAGAAUGGGGAAAAGUUCCUCGAUCGAUACGAAAUCGAUUCGUUAAUAGGUAAAGGCAGUUUCGGCCAGGUAGUAAAAGCAUUCGACCACGAAGAGCAAACGCAAGUGGCAAUAAAAAUCAUCAAGAAUAAAAAGCCUUUUCUAAAUCAAGCGCAAAUCGAAGUUAGGCUAUUGGAAAUGAUGAACAGAGCGGAUACCGACAACAAGUAUUAUAUAGUUAAACUAAAGAGGCAUUUUAUGUGGCGGAAUCACUUAUGUCUGGUAUUCGAGCUGCUAUCGUAUAAUCUAUAUGACCUACUUAGAAAUACGAAUUUCCGAGGGGUGUCAUUGAACUUGACAAGAAAGUUUGCACAGCAACUGUGUACUGCCCUGUUGUUCCUGUCGACUCCGGAAUUGAACAUCAUUCACUGUGAUCUGAAACCUGAAAACAUCCUUUUGUGCAAUCCCAAACGAAGCGCGAUAAAAAUAGUCGACUUCGGUAGUUCGUGUCAACUUGGACAAAGAAUAUACCAAUAUAUUCAGUCCAGGUUCUACAGAUCUCCAGAAGUCUUAUUAGGUAUACCUUAUGACCUCGCUAUAGACAUGUGGAGUCUGGGAUGUAUUUUAGUAGAAAUGCAUACAGGAGAACCUCUGUUUAGUGGGGCCAAUGAGGUCGAUCAAAUGAAUAAAAUCGUAGAAGUACUAGGAAUGCCGCCGAAACAUAUACUGGACCAAGCGCACAAAGUGCGGAAGUACUUUGACAAAGUCCCCACUGAUGGCUCAUACGUGCUGAAAAAGUACACCGGUAAAAAGGACGGUAAAAAAUACAAACCUCCGGGCACGAGGCGGCUGCACGAUAUUUUAGGUGUCGAAAGCGGCGGCCCCGGCGGCAGAAGGAUAGGGGAACCGGGCCACUCGAUGUCCGAUUAUCUCAAGUUUAAGGACCUAAUCGUACGAAUGUUGGACUUCGAUCCAAAAACGAGGAUAACGCCGUAUUACGCGCUUCAGCACAACUUCUUUAAGAGAACGGCCGAUGAGGGGACCAACACGAAUGUCGCUGCCGCCAAUAGCGCGAGCACGAGUCCGGCAGUGGUGCCGAUGAGCCAGGAUCACGGACUGGUAACCAUGUCGGGACAGGGCAGCAGCAGCAGCAGCAGCGGUGGUAGUCUGCAGCAGAUGCAAGCGUCGAGUCUCCCUGGUGGCGGCUACCAACCGAUGGACUGCGAGUCCUCGCCCCGUCAUACGGGCAGUCGGCGUGCCAUAACAACAGGUUAUUCAUCCACGUCGGCUACUGGAGUGCUCGCAUCCGCCCCGAUGUCCAUGCAGUCCAUGGACAGCUCCCUGAUACAGAGCUCUCUUGGAUCGUACAAUAGCCUAAUUCUUCCUGCUAUACCCCAUCUACCUGCGAUGAUGACCUCGCCAAUGAUUCAACAACAGAACUUCUAUAACUACGGCUACACGACUACCGACAGUCACGGGAUGGUCAGACAGCCGUCAACGGUACCCUCCGGUAAUCAGCGAGAUCCAGACAGAGAAGAUAGCCCGAUGGUCGGGGUGUGCGUCCAACAGAGCCCGGUCGCCGCCAUCCACUGAAAUGGCAGAAGGGCAACCGACGGUGGACAAUACAAGCUUGUCGCGAUCGCGGAAGACCGUGAAGAAGAUAAUUAGCAGAUUUCUGGAUAGAAAGCUGAAAACUUGUGAUAUAUAUUUCGAACGAUGUUAUCGUGACGUCGACGGAGAAAAGAUAAGGAAAUAGUACGGAAAACAUCUCGAAAGCCGUUCCCCGAUGCUGUUUCUCAGCACAGAGCCGAAAUAAGAACACACACACACACAUACACACACACGGUGUCGCGAUUAGCACUAACUUUUGGCAGUGAAUUCAACAAAUCUUUCGGACAUGUUGUUUUGGCUGAACAAUAUUGAAAAAACAAAAAACAAAAAACAAAAAAAAAUUUUCAAACAAAAUUUUCCCCGAGAAAAUUUACCUAAAGGACAACAGCAACUUACAAGACCUAAAUCUCUCUGUGUCAAGAGAUCACAGAAGCGGAGAAGAGAAUACUGUAAAGCUCGGCGGCGUUAACGACUGUGCGAAAAGUCCAACGAGAGCGCAAACGAAGAGAAAGAAAAGAGGAAGAGCUAUGUGGAAAAAAACCUCUGUUUCUAUUAUGUUGCUAUAUUUUCGUAUUUUUUAUCAAGCUGACUAGCGUCACGUUGGGCGCGGGUAAAUAUGUGUUUAAUACGAAAGAUUGACAAAAAGCUUCGAGCACGGACAGACAGUAAGGGUCUAGUGAGGAUGAACCCAGCUGGCCUCUCGGGUCCUGCCCGAUUUCCACAGAGACACUCUGAGCAGUUUUAGCAGAAACAGCUGAGCGAAAAAUUUUCGGCAACCAAACUGUGUGGCCUAGAGAGCGAAAAAGUGAUAAUUACUAUUAUUACCGCGUAAAAAAAAAAGAUGGAAAAAAGUAAAAAAUUACCAAUGUAAGCAUGUAUUCCCCAAUAGAGUUUUAUACACGAUGUCACGAAUAUAAACGGUUUAGCAAGUACUUGCGAGCAAACAGUCGCGUCGACUGCUAGUUAUUUGUACAAUACACUUAGGUGAAUGAUAAGAGUGCAGCUUUAGGGUUUAGCUUUUAAGUGUGAGGAGAUAACACACACACACACAGACAUUGUAAACUCGAUCCUUUUAUUUACUUUAAUGAGAAAUCAAGUAUGUUGCAAACGUCAGUUUGUUGUUGAACAAGGACUUUAAACAAACGAGGUUUGCGCGGCUUAAACCAACAACACAUAUUUAUACAUUAAAAAAAAAAAAAAAAAAGCAGUAAUAAGAAAGUUAAAAAAAGCAGCAUACACACAUAAGAAUCGAUCAAGAAUGGUAUAAUCAUAACGAAGAACUUAGGUAAACUUUAUAAUAAACAAUACGCGCAUAUUCGCAUACACACGUUUUCAACGCCAAUCGUCAUUGAUUUUUGCCGUUUUGCUCCGAUGGUCGCGCUGCGCUUUAUGUACCAAUUCGCACCAAUCGUAAGAUAGCGUCAUUUAUUUGUAUAGAAAAAAAAAAACAAAGUCUUGUUUUUAGUUGACCAAUAGUUUUUAAUCUCGAUUAAAACGCGAUCCUUUUUCGAUUAUUUAUAUUGACUAUACAUGUGUAAGAGACUAGAUGACGAACAAAGAGAUAGACACUAAAUAAUUUUUUCUUUUUUAUUAUUAUUAUUAUCGAAUAAUCACAUUUUGUCGUGAAAAACUACCAAUUCUACACUUGGUUCGCCUUCUCUCAUAAAGUUACAUUGAUGAGCAAGUCGAGUUUUGGACUCCGAUUGCUAUUUUUUCUUUUUCUUUUUUUUUUGGAACAAGACGGGGAAACUACUUUGCGUAAAAAACAACUUGGAAUUAUUCCUGAUAUGUGAAUCGUUUUUUUUUUUUUAGAUUUGCAAUUUGAGAAAAUACGAUAAAAAGUUCGCAAAAUUAAAGUUUAUCACUUGAAAAAAAAAAGAAAAAAAAAUACAAAAGAGACAAAUAAUAGAUUAUAUGUGAUGCAUAUAACGUUGUAUUUUAUACUGUGUAACAUUACUUUAUGUUGACCACAUGUAUGUACAAAGUCUCAACAAAAUAUAAAUUACUUUUUGUCUCUUUUUUAAUUAAUUACUUUAUAAUUUUUUUACCUCAAGUCUUUCGAGAUUUUGCCGCUUUUUUUUUUUAAAGAACCAGUAUGACAAUAUCCUAAAAUUGACAAGUGUAUGUAAAUUGUUUGGGGCUCGAUUUGUCCAGAAGUGGUGCAACUUUAUGUGAGAUGUUAUUUAUUAAGGUGGACUGAGUGUAAGUGUAGUAUAGUACCUGAAGGCAGACCAUUAAAAAUGCAGCUAUAAUAACUCCCCACACCACCCAAAUAUUACAAAAAAAAAAAUAAAAAAAAUAAAAAGUAUGACUUUUAAUAGAGAAAUAAUAAUAAUAUAUAAGGAAGAAAUCUUUUAAAGAAUUAUGCAUGUUGCUUUUCCGCAAUCACGACAGCAAAGUGGAAAUAUAUCAAGUCUGUUUUUUUUUUUUUACGAGAUACACAUAUUUUAUAUAUUCGCGACGUUUAUUUAUACUUUCAAACGUAAAAGAGAAAAAAAAGAGUUCCGCGGAGACCUGAGAGAUUUAGAUAAUUAAUUUACCUUGUUUGUUUUAUGUCGUUUAUAUUAUAGUGGUGUAUCAGAUAAGCGCGUUAUCUUUUUUUUUCUUUUUUUGUUGGUUCUAUCGAUUUACUGUAGCUAUUUUAAGACGUUCUAUUUUUUAUUGCUUUAUAAAAGAAAGGUCUCUGAUAAAACAAAGCUGCAUGUAUAAUUCCCAUUGUAAUCGUCAUCUUUCAACAUUUUAAUUGCGCGCGAGAUAUCGUUUUUGUACACAAAACAAUUUUUAAUGCGUAAAUAGCGGCUGUAAAGCAUACAUAAUAUUUCGUCUGCAUUGACUGCGACUGUUGUCAAAAGAGCUUGGCCAAAAAAAAAAACAAAAAAAAAAAAGGUAUUAGACGACCAAGAAAGGGUUCUUACGAUGUAUUUUUUCUGGAAAAAAAAAAAAA